AUAUUGAAACGAGUCGUUUCUGAGCGAAUCCCAAGCCGUUUAAUGUUGAAACGUCAACACGAUACAUUAGCAUAUUGCCCGCCCACUUGUUGCGCGCGGCAGACCUGAGAAAAACUUAGUUUUCGCGUUGGUCUGAAUGAAAAUGCAAAUUCUUAUUUGCCACUAGAUGCCGCUUUUGGAGCGUUAAAAAAAAAAAAAAAAUCUCACAAACACUGCUUUAAAUGAAAUCGGACCAAUCACUGCAGAUUAGCGUCACGCAAAGGAGGGGUUUGGAAAAACGAAUCGUUUGGGAGUCGUUGAGCAAAUAAGCAUCUCUACGGAGUGUCAUUGUGGAUAGCACUCGCACCGUGCUGAUCUGAUCAAGAGCACCGGGAAUUCUGGGUCAGUGUUCCAUGGUGAUGAGUGAUGGCCUCUGCUGAGCAGCUGUGUCCCCGCCUGCUGCACCAGCACUGCCCAUAGGCCACACACACACACACACACACACACACUUACACACGCCUUUGGGCUCCCUUUCCAACUCCGUCCACACACAUACACACACAUCAUGUACAGUGUGGAGGACCUGCUGAUCUCUCAUGGAUACAAACUGCCCAGGAGCGGCCCUGCCUCCUCCUCUUCCUCUGCGCCUUAUGACAAUCGAAACAACGAAUGUCGCCGUGAUAAUGUAGAGAACAGGCCUGCUGGAGGUGGUGGUGGUGGAACUCUGAAUGGAUUUGGGACAACGGAGGGGGGAGCAGAAGCAGGCAUGGGGGUGUACAGGCCGGCGCCAGUGAAGGCUUACCCAGAGAACAACAACAACAUUAAUGAGGGCCAUGAAAGAAUUCAACGGAGAUUGGAGGUUCCUGUUGCUUUCCUUGGUGACCUGCAACCUCUGGGUGACUCUCUAGCUACAGACAGUGGGUUCUAUGAUGCUCCCAGCCUGACAUUCUCUGAACAUGCAGAUGAGCGAGAAAUUGCAUUCUGGAGAAGGAGGGGACAGGACUUCAGUGCUCUAUUGGACUAUGCUGAUCCCAGGGAACUCAGAGUGUCUGGAGGAUUGUGGCGAGGUCCAGUACUAGCUGUUGAGGAGCUGAGGGCUGAGAGGCCACUGGCACGCUGGGAGGAAGGCCCGUGGAUACGGGAACCUAUAGACUCAGGCCCAGAGACGUUACGUGUGACUGGAGAGAGGAAAUGCCAGAGCCUGGGAACAGAGGAGUGGCGCCCUGCAGUGGGCUUGGGCCGGCAGCUGUCAGAUGGAGAGGCUGAACAUUGGUCUCAGGAGCAGCAACACCGUCUGCGACCAGCAGAUGGAAGUGUGUCCGCCACAGUGCGAGCCAAGUCCCAGUCGCUCCCUCGAGUCCUUUCCCCAGAAGAUCCCCACUAUGGAGAACUGCCUCAAACUGGUGCCCCAAGUCACCCCCCUACACAAAGAAGCAGCAGCUCUGCUCCAUAUGGUCGAUACCACAGUGAAUGGUCAGCAGGGGAAAGGUGGAUUGGUCAGACACAAAGUCAUGCUCCUUCUGCAGUUGUACCAAAGCCACGGUUCAGCCGCCCCAUCAAGCCCCCGUCUUAUGAGACUCACCAGCAAAACAGGGGGAGCUGGGAAACGUUGUCAUCUGAACCCGUGUCCAAACCCAGAGACCGCUCAGUGUGCUUCCCUCAGAGUAUUGAACCACUCAGAGACCGAUCUGGUUGUUAUUCUCAGAGUGCAGAGCCUCUAAGAGAUCGGUCCAUUUGCUUUUCACAGAGUGCAGAACCAAUUCGAGACCGCAUGCUGAGCCACUCUCAAAGUGCUGAACCACUAAGAGACAGAUUUGUCAGUCAUUCACAGAGUGCGGAACUACUGCGUGAUCGUUUUUUCAGCCACUCGCAUAGUGCCGACCUCUUACGGGAUCGAUCCCUUUGUUACUCUCAGAGCUCAGAACUGCUCAGAGACCGGUCCAUUUGUUACUCCCAAAGUGCAGAGCUCCUGAGGCCAGAAUCAUAUAGGACAGAUCUAUUUUACCAUGAACUGACUGGUAUGGAGCCUCCUGGUUACAUCCCACCCCCCUCCUACAGGAGAUUCCUGCCACCCAGGAGUGGACAGAACUACCGAGCAGAUUCUGCUCUUGUCCGAUGGAAACGUGAGCCUGUGAGUGCAGAGAUGGGCCAGUGGUUUUCCAGGACUUCAGGAUUGUCAUGGUCUGAACGGCGUGAAGACAGGAGCAUGGCAGUGGUUCCAAGAAGACCUGUGCAUCCAGGGCCUGUCGUACCUAGCCGUCCAGGACUUGUGCAGUAUGUCCCAUUUGAAGACCCACGUAUCAGGCACGUCUCAGGGGGGCCCUGUGGAAACUCGCUCACGGACGCGGACAAGAUCCGACACGUCAACAAAGAGCUUCCCUGCGCUGCAACUUUAGGACAAUCCACACAUGAUAGUGCCUUUCUCCCUUCACAGGGACCGAGUCUUAGCACGGACACUAACAAACCGGCUCUCACUGAACAGGAGAAUACUAACCGCUGGCACAAGGGGAUGAAUAAAGGCAGUGAAACUGUAGCACCUGACCAGAGCUGUGCCAAGUACCCACCAGCCUUUCAGCUCAGACCCCUGCAACCAAUAAUUAAAACAGACAGAAGUACAGACCAACAGACUAGAGCAGACAGAAUCCCUGACCAAGUCAAGGUUGAGAGAGUAACAGAGCCGGUCAAAGUUGAGAGAGGUGCUGAACAGACAAAAACAGACCAAGUCAAAGUAAUAGAGCAAGUGAAACCAGAUCGAGUUACAGACCUAAUAAAAUUAGAUAAGCCUACAGAACAAGUAAAGCCAGACAGGUUUACAGACAAACAAGUAAAGGUGGAAAGAUUAACUGACCAGAUACAAGUAGACAGAAUCCCAGAUCAAGUCAAAGCCGACAGGUAUACUGACAAACAAAUUAAGCCUGAAGUCAAGGCAGAGAAAAUCCCCGAAAAGCCCAUAAAAGCAGAUAGAAUUUCAGACAAGCAAAGUAAAGCUGAACGACUCUUAGAGAAGCACUUGAAGAUUGAUAGAAUUUUAGAAAAACAGCUUAAAGCAGAUAAAAUGUUAGAAAGACAGAGUAAAUCUGAAAAAUUUACUGAGAAGUUGAUUAAAGGUGACAAGCAGGCAAAAGGAGAUAGCAGUACGGACCAGAUAAAACCCGAGAAGAUCACCGACAAGUCUGGAAAGGCUGACAAAUCCAUGGAUAAAGGUUCUUCAGAGAGUGUUUCAACUGUAAAGACAGAACCAGUCCAGGAACCUGAAAAAAAGAGUGUGAAAAAGAAACUCAGUGAGACUAUCUUUUGCCUUGUGUCUGUGCCACUUUCGCAGUCCAGUGCAAAAUCUCGAGAUCAAAACAACAACGAAGAGAAAGAAAAAGACUCUCCUCCAAUUCCUCCUCCUCCUCCACCAAGUUCAUCCAGUGAAAACAGCAACACCCUCGGCUCCCUGCCAAACCAAAGCCUCAAAAGCACAUCCACCACCUCCACUGACUUAGAGCUACAAGCACUCACACUUGGCAGCGGGUCCAGUAGCAUAGCCACAAGGAGAGCGCAUCGGAGAAGGAACUCACGGUCUAGGAUCAUUAAGCCAAAUCCACAUGAUGAGCUCCGACGGUAUUCUGGGGCUUGGCCAGGGGACCAGUACCGUGAUCAGGAGACCCAGACGAGCCCUGAGCCCACAAAGAGCAAUGCAAAUCCAGGCCCCACCAAUACAGAAGCACAAGAUGCUCCUGCUGCCCCAGAGGUAACAGCUCCUGCUGAGACUACAUCGGUGGCUCCAGGGGCUGCCCCAGGGGCCAUUGGGUCUUCGUCAGCUCCACCAGCUCCAUCGGUUCCAUCAGUUCCACCGACUCCAGCAGCUCCACCGGCUUCAGGAGCUCCUGACCCCAGCACCCCUUACGGGUAUCCCAUGAAGGGUCAGAAAAGCCUAAAACCAUCUAGCAACAGUGCUUUUUCACGAACAGGUACCUUCUCCAAGAGCACAGGUUCUCACAGACCUCCAUUACAUCCCCCGCCACACCCUCCACCCCCACCUCCCAACCAACCUCCAUCUCAACCUCCUCCUCCCCCACCAACACAGCCCCCGGCUCAGUCCCCACCAUCAGAUCCAACUGAGGAGGCAAAGUCAGCCACAGGGUCAAACUCUGAGGGAUUUAGCCAGUUCUUGCUGAAGCCAGUAAGCCGACGGCCGUGGGAUGCUAUUGAGGAUCUUGAGACCAUCAAUAAGGAGGCGCAAGACCAAGCAGGUAAACGCCCCAGCGUGGACCAGUGCAUUGAGGAUCUUAAUGAGGCCUACAAAGAUAUCCUGGAGCUCAGCACUGCCAGCAAUAACCUUCCCAACCGCUCCUCCAUGCAAAUCCCUGACCGCAUCAAAUCAAGGUUAUCUUCAGAUCCACUUGGAAUUCCUGCAACUGCUCUUCGGCCAAGCUUGGUGCCUGGAAGUGACCCAGAAUACCGGGAGGUGAAGAGUGCCUUUUCCCGACCAUCAACUGGGAAGAGUGUGAGCUUCAGCAAACAGCUGAGAGAGGAGAUUUGUCCUGCUCCUCCCCCACCAGAACCAGGUUUCAGAGAUUACAAAACAGUCAUGUCCCAGAUAACCCAACGCAAAGCCUGCAGAUCAGUGAAGCUGGAUAUCCCAGCCCCCAAAGAGACCCAAAGAGAUGACGAUUUGACUGCACAAACCUCCUCCACCUCUUCCAUGGCAGCCGAGGUGCCAUGGGCAGACAGACAGCCCAUGCAAGAUGCCUCCACUCUAACCAGCCCUCCAGACUAUGAGCACAUCUGUCAAACUCUCCAAAUGGCCCGUGAAUCUGGGGCCGUUAGUCGAGCUUCUAUCAAAUCCAAACCAGGAAGUGCCAUGAGCAUCGAAACCCCACAGCAUGUGCCCAUAGCUGGUAGGCCUCCCGUAGAUUCUGAGCAGCCAUGUUGUUCUUCAGCAUUAGAAGGGAGACAGGAGCCAAUGUCAUUAUUCAGGGAGGAAAGGAGCUCAGGCUUUAGGAGGGUAACAAGCCACACUAACAGGUUCCUUAGUAACAGGGGUGUACUUUGUAGCCUUGCAACCGGAAAGCCUGUUGGUGACAAAGCAGGUUUAGAGGCUAACCCAGAGGUUCCUGCUGACUGGCAGAUGCAGCUUUCAUUAGCUGAAAAACAUAUUGCUACUCUGAUCACAGGAGAGGGUUCAGCAGAGAACCUUGAUGAGUCAAACAAGGUUAAAGGUGAUAAAGACAUUCCUGGCUGUGAGUCAGUUGAGAAUGAAUUGAGCAACAUUGUAGCCACUGAAAUGAAAGACGAUUCUGCUAAUGCUGAGCAGAAACCUUCUGAAGUAAAAGACACAGAAACAGAGCAAACAGAGACACCUGAAAGCCAACAACCUGAAGUGACAGAGAAAGUGAAAGAAGAGGAAACUUCUAGGGAAAAGAUGGAAACAGAGCAAGAGAAAUGCGAGCAGAAAGACCCUGUUACUGAAGGAACAGAGCAAAAUAGUGAUAUAACCUCAGAGGAAAAGAAAGAACCAAAUGUGAUCUUGAGGGCAAAUAAGGCUGCAAUGUGGACUCAUUCAGGUUUAGAUUCAGAGCUACGUCCUGAAUUUCCACCAGAUCACCUUCCCCUUUCUUUACUUCCUUACCUUAAUCGUAGAUUAUCUUUAGGGUUGGAUUGGGAGAGGGGUGGGUGGGAAGGGAAAGUUUGGGUCAAGGUGGAUUCUGGUCCAGAGAGAGGCGGUCCCUUGAUGCUGAGAGAUGGGGUAUUGGUGGAGAGAGAUGGGGUUUAUGGAAAAGAUAAAACACAAGCUGUUUCUAGCCAAGGCAUUGAUAAGGGUCAGAGUCAAGGUCCAGGUGAAGGUCAGGUUUCAAGUGUAGAUAGACGGAGCCGUGUACUUUCCCAAAGAAUAGAGGCUCUUUUUACAGCCCCGCCCGGGCAUGGCUCAGAGGAGAGACUUGCCCGCAUGAGGGAAGUGGACACUGUCUCACGAAUGAGACGCCUUAGCCUCCGUAGCUCAGACUCUUGGGAUGGACUGCACGGGGUGGGAAGGUGGGGAGAAUAUGGAUGGGAGGAAGAAUGCCCCCUUCCUGGCCCACAGGAUUCUUCAAAUAUCACAAAGGUAGAGGAUAAAGAGGGCAGCGCUCACCCUGCAGUCACCAGUGAACCUAAAGAAACAAAAGACGACCAGGCAAUCCUAAAAGAGUCACAGGAGCCCAGCCAGGUGGAGAGGUCGUAGCUGAACCCUAGAGGUCAGAGGUCAUCCAACUAAGGGUCAGCCUCCAGCACUGUGACCUGGCUGUCUGCUAAAUGCCUUCAUCCUCAUAUGCUAUCGAAACAUCCUCAGACAUUGACACACAUAUAUACAAAACAUUAGACACAAACACACUGAGCGAUGCAUCUAUCUCUAAAACACACAUCUGUGCAUAAACACACACAAACUGAUACACAAACACUCAAAGUCAUUGUCAUGUAUGCAGACACUCACGUGCAUUCAGAACACAUUUAAACACCUCACAACACUGAGACAUCUGAAAUGGCCUUCUACUCCGACAAGAGCAUUGUGUAUCAACUCCACUCCACGCCCACUCAGUUCCAGCUCUGCUGGCUUUCUAAGUGUUGCUGUUCCACUGCCAGAAGGAGGUUCCCAAAAAUGCCCCGCCCCACCCCCUUCAUAUGUUACAGUUCUCAUCAUGCCCCAUUUUUCUUAAUUUCUUGCCCGUGUCAUAGUUCUUUGCCCUGCAAUUUCCUUAAAAGUUGGUUUAUUAGACUUUAUCUGGUGCGUUACUCAGCAAAACAUUUAAAAUGUUGUGUGACCAAGAAACAAAAAAAAAAUUAAAACUUUAAUGUCUUUUGUAAAAAAAAAAUGACUGUUUAAAAAGUAAUACAGAACAAUUGAUGAAGUUUAAAACCAGCUACAAUGUCUUAUACUGUUCUACCCUUUGCAAACAACCUAUCAUCCUCAUAACUUUGUCUUUCCUCAAACCAUUUCCUUCCUCACAUCUUUGCAUGUUCCUUCCCUUAAUCAAGUCCUCAGUCUUCUCACUAACCCUUCAUUACACUAACCUUGUGUGCAUCUCAUUAAUUUCUCCUUCGUCUAGACAGUGUUAUCUCUGCGCACCAAUGUUUUGCUAAUAACUGGCAAUAUAGCUAUUUGUGCAAGUCCUCAUCAUUCUUACAAUAUCAUCCCACUGGUAUUAAGACGUCUUGUCUCUAUAUUCAAGGUCUUGUGCUACACUUCUUAAUGAGUAUGACCACAAUUGAUUUACACCUUAGCCACUCUUUAUUUAUUGAGUUAAUAGUGUCUCCCAACUCAUUGAUAUCAUCCAACACUACACUGUAAAAAAAAAAAGUUGAGCCAACUUAAAAUUUUAAGGCAACAAACUUCAGCAGAUUUUUGAGUUUUCUCAACUUGUUGUUUUAAGUUUAUACAACAAAAAUUUGAGAAUCUCCCACAAAAACAAGUUGAGCAAACUCAAAAAUCUGCUGAAGCUGAACUUUUUUCGCUCAACUUUUUUUUUUUUUUACAGUGUAGCAUACACUUUUAAAAAUAAAAGUUCUUUAUUGAUAUCAGUGGAUCCAUGAAGAACCUUUACCAUCCAUGGAACCUUUACAUACCUUGAUAGUGAAAAAAGGUUCUUUAGAUCAUACUAAGAAAUAAUGGUUCUUUUAAAGGGGUCAUGAACUGCCUUUGUUUUUUAUUUUGUACUGUUCACUGAGGUCCAUUCAUAAUGUUAUCAAGAUUUCAUCAAAAAACAUAAUUUAGAAGUAAUAGGCUAUUUUCUGUCCUGUUUUUAACCCCCCUCAUCGGAACGCUCCUUUGAAUAGGCAUGGUGGAUAGUAGACUCGAAAGUAAACAACCACUUUAAUGAUUGGCUAACAGUUGUGUAUGUUUGACAGCCUAUGCCCUUCACAAAUGGAUGCUGCAGUGAUUUAGAUUAAAAAUGCAUAAAUACUCAUAUCAAAUGAUCUGCUUAACAGACAAAGCAGUAGUGAAAAGUUAAUCACACUUGUGUUGCUACAUUACUGUUGGAUCCAAUAUAGUUGGCAUAGCAUCGUCUUUCAGUUUCAAUCUUUCUGAAAAAUCUGCGUCGAAUUGUGCCUUGUUUGUAAACGAAUCCGCACUAAAACAAAAUGAACAAAGGACCAAGUUCUUACUGACACGGUCUAGAAAUUAAUUGAAAAUAAAUUUCAUCCACACUUUCCCAAUGUUGGGAUCAGAAGGAAGGCAAUGAAAAAGACACUUUUUCCACAACUUGGCACUGCACAGCGUCUUGUUAUCUUUGGAGCCAUCUUCAUCAUUUGUAUAUCUGCAAGUUCAUCUCUCUCGUAAACACUACAUGCGCAAGUCGGUGGGCGGGGUUAAACAGGCAGCAAUGUAGAAGCAGGUGUUGAUCUUCUUCUGUGGAGGUGGUGUUUAGCCACACUAUUACAUCAUAGAGUUGUACAUUCCACAAACUGUCAUUUUGGCAGAUUGGUUUCAAUAUAAGCUGUUUUUAGAUAAAGAGAAAGUUUUGAGUUCUCAAACUUACAGGAUGUUUUUAUAGUACAAUGACCACUUAGAGUGGAAUUGAAGCAGUCAGUCAAGUUUUCAUUAUUUAAUA